UCAAACAGUAUAUACCAAUCUCGGGUCGUCGGUAGAAAUGGUCUGUCCACAUCACUUGACGUCGUCGAGAAUAGCAUGGUUUCGACGGAAAGAAAUGUUACAAAUAUCCGAAGGAGCCAAAAUUGGUGUCGAUAUAGACAAAGGCCGUUUUUCAAUAUCAGGAGAUCAUACUAUUGGAGACUUCAAUCUUCAAAUAAAUGAUGUAAUGAAACCAGAUUUUGGUCAAUACGUUUGCACUGUGGUGAUUGAAGACACAUCUGUACAAAUCAUAUUUAAUCUGGUUUUAAGAAGUGCUCCGACAGGCCUAAAUAUAUAUGUAGUUGAUACAAGUAGAAACAAAAACAACACCUUCUUGGAAGCGUCAACAACAGUUACUGCUACCGAAAAUGAGACUAUAAAACUAUAUUGCAACAUAUCUAGUGGAACCCCAAAGGAAACCCUGGAAUGGGUCUACAGAGGCAACGUAAUAAAAACUGGUGGGCCGGGAUCUAUACGGCUAAUUAUGAAAUCCACACAUACAAACUCUGGACAAUACUACUGCCGAGCAAACAGUUCUGUCUUAGACACUCCAAUAACAAAAUCAAUUGAAAUGUUGGUACAAUAUAAGCCAAAAGUAACACUGAGCGUAGAAAAUGCUGUACGCAUUAUCGAAGGGAAUUCACUCCACGUAUAUUGCAACGUAGAUAGCAGUCCUGAAGUACAAAGUGUAUCAUGGCUAAUACAAAAUAAUGGCGAGACCAUAAAGUACGGAGACGGUCGAGUAUUGCAUAUAACUGUUAUUACACGAAGAGACACUGGUCUAUACAUCUGUAAAGCAACUAAUAUGGUAGGCUCAACUAUGACAGAGACCAGUGUUACCGUUAUGUAUGCACCAGAUGUAACCAUUGUGUAUGAAAAUUACACUGUUAACGCAAAAUCAAGAAAGCUCAUAUGCUUACCGAAAGGAAUUCCAACAAAUUACACAUUUUUUCAAUGGCAACAUAAAUCUGAAUACGGUGAUCAUAUUCGGUUUCUGGAUGGAUCACAAGAUGGGAUUCUCCUACUUCCAAAUAUCCAAGAUUUCAACACACAAUACUAUGAUAAUGGAGCUUACAUUUGCACUGUUAGUAAUGGAAUACAAGGUGUUAGUGGGACCAGCAACAGAACAGCUGCUGUGUAUUUAAGUAUUUCAGGUAAACCCAUGUUCGUUGAGGACAACAGACGAUUCUUCUAUGGAGUAAUAAAUGAAUCCGUUGUUAUAAUAAUCAACAUUUUCAGUAAUCCAAAAUAUUCGGAUAUUUUCAUUCAUAAACAAAAUGGCGAACAACUCAUAAGCGAUAAUUCCAAUAUCAAAAUGAUUGAAGAACAUACUUUUGUGAAUGAUACUUUCUAUAAUUCAAAUGUACGAGUCAAAGGUUACAGAAUGACGGUGAAAAUAGCAAAAUUAAGACCGGAGAUGAUUCAAAAUUAUACACUGAAUUUACAAAACGAAUUCAGACAAAACCAUUACGAUAUAUCACUUUUUCGUGCAAGUGUCCCUAGAAUUCCAAUGAAUUUAUCAUUGUCAACAAAGGAAGGAAAUAUUCUGGUAGAUUGGAUAUGUAACUUCAAUGGUGGGCUAAAACAGAAGUUUUUCAUCGAGUUUCGAGAAAGUAAUUCAAAGAAAUGGACAGUUGUUCAGUCACUGAACAGGACAGAAGGUGAUAUGUUAUCUUGGACAAUAGAAAGGCUCCAAACGAAGACUAUAUAUUACUUCCGAAUGUUCGCUCAAAACAGACUAGGUCGAAGCAGCAGUACGAAAGAAACGUCAAUUAUCUUAGGCAAUGAAAAACUGGAAAGCACUUUAUCAGUAUUCUCAGCAAUACCAGUCGCCGUUUCUACUGCUAUCAUUUUAUUCAUGAUCCUUCUUGUGGUAUCAGUAAUUGUAUUGUGGAAACAAAUGGUCAAGCUACAUAAUAGAGUAGAUUCACCAUUGGAACACGAAGAAGAUAAUCAUUAUGUUGAAAUAGAACCAAACGGGAUGAGAGAAUUAAGUUUAAACCAAAUUAGAAACACACAGCAUGGCCAAAAGGUCCAGGAACACGUUCUUGAAGGUGAUCAAGACAGACGGUCAUUAGACAACGUCUCAUCAUCAAGUACGGAUACCGAUAGUAAAGACCACAUAUCUCUAACCAGUGGAAUUAGCGGAAAUACUACGAAUCCGAAAGACAUUUAUGCACGGCGGUAUGAUGCUAUUUCCAUUAGAAAUGACACGUUUCAAUCUGAACACAUGAGUCAAUAUGACAGCUUAAACCGAGUCGAUCAAUAUGAACAUGAUGAAGAUAUCUAA